UUAAUUGCUUCAUUUACUUAACGAGCUCAGGGGCCAGGGAGCAGAGCAACUCAAUUCGACCAGACAGUCGGGACUGGAAGUGGAGCAAAGAGGCAGAUCAGACGGUGGAAAGGUGGGAUCAGGAUAGGCGAGUUUUUCUGAUGGAGUUUUAAUGGACAAGAGGAGUAGAUUCAUGUAGGAGACACAAGAAGAGGACGGUUGUGUUGGUCUAGGUUGAAACUUUUUUCAAAGAAGGUGCAGCAGACAGGGUACUGCAACAUUAGAGACAUAUCUGACAUAGAGAGAGGGUGUUAAUUUGUGUUAGUUUUGUGUAGAUGCAGAUCAGAUGUGCGUAGGAGAGGACAGGAGGUUAAAAAGAAAAAAGUACAGCAAAAGGUAUACGUGAGGUAGAAUAGACUGAUAUGGCCGACAGUGCAAGAGGUGCAGUGAAGUACGGUAGAAUAAUUUACUAGAACAGAACAGAAUAAUAGAAUAGAAGAUUUUAUUGAAGGAUAAAUACAUUUGGAAAUAUUCUUGUACAGAGGAAAGCGUGUAAAAGAAAGGAUUCUGUAUGAAACAUAGAAAGUCAUUUUUUUUAGAGCUUUGUAGAAGGAGACGCAUCAAACAAACAGCUCAAAAUAGUGAAGAGUAAAGGAAGCAGACAUAUAACUUGAUUACUUGAUCUUUUAAGACAGGAAGAGUCCAGCUAAGAAGAAAUUAGUAGAAACUAGAAUAAAGUAGACUUUGUGUCAAGGCCAUGGAGCUGCUGGAGGCAUUUUACCGCAGGAGGCUCCGGAAGAAGCAGAAGAAAGCAGAGCUGGGCCGGUCGGAUGGGGCACUGUGCCGGUCGCCAUCAGAGGCCAGUGUCAACAGCCUAGCAACCGGCCUCAUCUCCAAAGUCCUUAGGUUCACCUCCAGACGCACUGAAACAGCAACUCGUCCUCACUCAUGGCAUUCGACAAAGCUCAGUGAAGGUCAGCCAGAAGUGGACCCAGGAGCAAUGGACUCAAUGUGCAGUGCCUGGCACCACAGCUACCACUCAAGUGCAUCGACCACCGACCUGUCUGGUGGCUUUGACUCUGGCGAUACCUACCUGAGGAAGAGUCCAGACCAGUACAGCUCGAGGGGCAGCAUGGAGAGCCUGGACCCUCCUCUGUCCUCCCAGCUUCACUCCAGAGCUCAGCACCACCACACACUGGGCCACCACUCCCACAGCAGACCUCACACUACCUAUUCCUCCUGCCAUCAACUAUCCUCUGCCAGGUCCUCCAACAGCAUCGACCACCUCCACAGCAAACGAGACUCUGCCUACUCCUCCUUCUCCACCAGCUCCAGCAUCCCAGAGUACCUUGCCUCUACUCCCUCCUUCAGCCAAGAGCGCUCCUAUUCGCUGGAGACCGUCUCUCAAAGAGGAGGAGGAGGUGGCGAGACGCAGCAAGCUGACAUACGUCUAUCCCAAGAGCAUGAGCUGAGCUCCACCUCCACCAUGUUUCUGCGAAAUAGUGAUUCCAGAGGUGGGGGAGGGGCUAGGCUCGGCCAAAUCCGAGAUCUGCAAGUGGGCGGAGUCUGUUACCGCGGCAGCAACAGCACCAGCAGCAGUAGCAGUGGCAGCAGCGGUGGCAUGCCAACUACAAAUAGACACAGUGUGGGUCCAAUAUGGGGCCCGGCAGCCAGCCGCAGCUCCUACGAGAGCUUGAAGGGGGCACCAGCUCCACCGAGGCGCAGCGACAGCUAUGCUGCCAUCAGGAACCAUGAGAGACCAAAUUCUUGGUCCAGUCUGGAGCAUGCCCGGUCACUAAGGUGUCUGCAGAAAGGUUCUUGGCAGCACUCCAGUGGCCCUGUGGCCUCAGGUGCAGCUAAGGCCUCAUACAGUGCUGAGGGUCAGCUCCACACAGUGAUAGAGAAGAGUCCAGAGAGCAGCCCCACCACAAAGCCCCGGCAGGUUGGAGGCCUUCCCCAGACUCCUUCUCCUACUACACCCUCCUCUGAACUUGUAGGCCCAGCCCACCAGUCAGGCCGGUUCAUUCUACCCACAGGCAAGUACCCUGUUCCCCAGCCUGAACCCCACUAUGCACAGAUACCCAGCACUAGCCCCAUGCCAGGCUCCUCUGGAAUUUACCCCGCCCUGGCCAAGGAGAGCAUCCGACAGCAGCACCAGGGGGCGCACAGCAUCAGAUCAAGAGACGACGGAGUUGCAGAAGGGCAGAGGGAUAGACGAAUGUCAGCUACAGAAAAUGGAUACCAAAUUAACACUUCUUCAACAUCUGCCCCUGCACAGCUGACGACUCAAUCAUACGAGACAGAGAGGCCUCAACAGGAAGAGAACUUUGGUCUCUACAGACCUCGCCAGAAAGCUGGUGGAGGGGGAUCAGAGGGCCAGACAGGGGCCCAAAAGCCGCAAAACCACCAUGGACAUCACAGUCAGAGCUUCCAAGGAUCCCAUAUUUAUGAAAGCCAAGGACCUCACAGCCAGAUGUUCCAGGAAAAGAACCAGGAUUUCCAUAAUGCCCACAUCCAGUUGAACCCUGGACUCAGGCCCCUAUCCCCACCAGAGUGGAGGGACCCCUGCAUAGCUGUUCAGUCCAGGGCUGACAGGAGAAGAUCAAUGGAUCAGACCAGCAUUCAUUCAGAGGAGGCUGUGUCCUCCAGGCUCCCUCAGGGACAGGUGCCACCUACCAACUUAGCUGAAUACCCUCAGCAUCAGUCCCCACCCACAUCAUCCUCCAAGACCCCUUCCCGUCACCUCAGUGACUCAACAGCUCUGCAGUACCAGCACUGUGAUGAGAGAGAGCUACACAAAGACAGAGAACACCCACUGACCCGUCUGGAGAUCGCCCUCGCUGAGGUCCAACGAUGCACCAGCCCCGAUAGUGUUGUCUCUACCAGUAGCCAUGGCAACAGCAGCCUGGGUGAUGGUAGCCAGGGACCAUCCCGCAGCCUCUCUGUCCUGGAGAAGGUCAGCCGUUUCGAGCGCCAUGAACGCACUGGAAAGCAGCGCAGUCACAGCACCACCAACACACAAAGCAAAGCCGCCCAUCUUAAGACCUCUGAGAAAAGCUGCAGCCCUGCCUGUGGAGCAGAUGACCUCAGAAACAUGCUGGAGAGAAGCACCAAUGGGACCAAAGCCCACAGAACUCUGAGCUUCAGAGGAGGAAGCAGCAGCGAACACAUCAAAUACAGGCACACAGCUGAUCCCAGUUCAGCCCUCCAGAGGAGCCGCAGCAGCUUACAGCUGGGAGAACCCAGGGAGGGUGACAGCAGCAAAGACUUAAGACAGGACAUUCAAGAGAUACUGGGCUCCAUGCAGAACACAUCCUUCAACGGGCCAGAGUCCCACUGCAGGUCUUACAGAGACUCUUUGAAAGAUGCCCAGUCUAAGGUCCUGCGGUCCACCUCCUUCAGACGAAGAGACCUCAGUUCCUCAGUCUCCCCGCCAUCUCCUGCAGCUUCUCCUCCCGUCUCCUCCUCCAGCAGCCCUCAGCAUCCAUCCGUCCCUGCCAAGCAGCAAUCCCAGGAGAAAAAGGGGCCAAAAACCAUGCCCAAACCACAGGGUAUCCUCAUCACACCACAGUCACCACCACUGUUCAUAUCCCCUCACACCCCAAAGGAGCGACAUGCAGUCAGCCCGGAUAUUCGAGGUCCGAGCCCCCCAGCCCUGCCCAGUGUCCCACCAGUUGGACCACCUGCUCUGAUUCGGAUCUGCGGCCGUAAGCGUCUAGCAGCAGACCAGAAGAAGCGCUCAUACUCAGAGCCGGAGAAUUUGAACGAGGUCGGGGUUGCGGAUGCUGAGACUGCUGCCCUCUUCAGGCGCGGAGGAGAGACCAGCGUCGCAGACCGGCGGAAGAUGUUUGAACUUGCAGCCAGUGGCGUCACGGACGGGGCUCUGCAAAAUGCCACGACAAGGCCCGACUUACGGCAGCUUCAGCACGAUGCUCUGGCUGAGUAUGUGGACAGGAAGAGAAGUGUGAAAAGAUACAAGGAAGGACAGAGGAGUGGAUCAAGGCCUCGAAGUGCUUAUAUACAUCCAGAAAACAGCAACCAUACAGUAUCCUACUGUCACUCAGACACCCUCAGCCUCUCCUCCGCCUCCAGCCUGCUCUCCCUCCAGGAAUCGGGCACAGAGAGAAGCUUCUCCUCUGAAGACAGGCGUCUCUGCUCCACCCUUCCUCCGGGAGCAGACCUGCGGAGUUUCCAGUCCAACCUCUUCUACCCAGGCAGGGUGACCACCCCAAGGCCUCCGGUGCAGCCACAGGCAAGUGCUCCCUCUGGUCCACUUCUUGGGGUCCAGGCCCAGAUCCUCUGGGAUCUCGCCCCUGAAACAGGUCUCAGUAGACCGAGUCAGUCUUCCUGCACAGAUCCAGGCCUGGUCCACCUGCAGGUUGCUGCAGAUCCUCAACCCAACCUGCAACUGUCCAAGCAGCUCAAUGGCGCUCUGCAGAGAGCUGGGUCAGCUCGUGGCUCCAGGAGGUCGGCUUCUGCUGAGGAUCUCCUGGAGAGAUCCGAGGAAAGACAAAUGAUUCCUCAACACCACCGCUCCCGCUCCUCUCCCACACGAGAAACACUGAACCAGGACAUCUCUAAAGGUGACAUCAGGAUGUUUGGUGUCUUCAUCUCUGAACCUGGACGUCACUCUCUGGCUGGGGACAGACCUGCAGAUAUCCAGUCAUCAGGGGGCCUCGUCUGUGUCCAACACUCCCAGGAUAGUCCCAACACCGCUGUGCUUGCAGGAUCCUCACAUGACGUGGGCUCCUCCCACACUUCCGUCACUCGUAGGGAGAGACUGAAGAAUAGUGAGCGGCAGCGAACCAGCAGUACCUCUACCUUGGCAGCCUCUGUUGGCCUGCCCUGCCCCUUCUCCCCAUCUGGGGCUCAGGAUGGAGGUAGCACUGAGUGGCAUGCAAGUGAGAGGCUGAGCCAGGCGAACUUGGAUGCCAUCACCUUCCCCGGCAUCCCAGGGGAUGGAGGGAACACUACUGGCUACAAUGAAACCCUGUUGGCGCGCAGACAGAUGGUACACAGUUUGAGUGAUGCCAGCAUAAUAGAAGACACUGCAAAGGACAUCUAUAGAGAGAGAGCCUCCAGUUUAGAGGUGAGAGGAGGGCAUCGGGCAGAAAACACCAGAAUAGUUUCAUCCCCAACAAACCGGAAGGGCAGUGGGAGCUUUGCGCCGUCUCCUCCUGCAUCCUCCCAUCCGUCCAUUCACCAGCACCUGUCCUCACUGCGAAUCUCUGAGUCCAGCAUCAUCAGCCCCACUGACCAGGAGCAGCCACUAGAAGCAGGCGUACUGCAGGACUUUGAUGAGGUCUUUUACCAAAAUCCUGCCCCUCUGUCACCUCCUACGCCAUUCCAAGAGACAAGCAUAAUUGAAGAGUUCCCUCCCCCUCCUCCUCCCCUCGAGCUGGAGCAGGAAGCUGGACAACCCACUGUUGGAAGCCUUCCUUCCCCUGACGCCACAGCCUUCCACUCUGUUCCCACUUCCUCUGCAACCGAUAAUGGCCUAGGUCUGGAGUACCAGCCCCUGCCCAAGAGAGAACAGACAUCUGAGGAGCUGCGAGUGGAGGCACUGGCCAGGCAGCUGGUGCAGCAGGACAUCUCUCUGGCACCCCUCUUUGACAUGUGGGGGGCCAAAUCCACAAUAGAACUUAUGGAAGAGAUAUUUCCAAACAGCAUAUUGGUUGGUAAAUCACCAUGGCAGAACAGGGGCAGCAGCCGAUUGGAUGAUAGGAUCCAAGAUUGUGCCACUGAUCCUGCUCAGAGCUCUGCAACAUAUCUAGGGAAGGAUAACAAUCUGGAUGAGAAGGACCUCAACAGCAGGAAGGUGGAGCUGUGUGAGGCUCUUCGGGGCAGCAUUGCCGCUCUGCGACAGGAGAAGGAGGAGCUGUGUGAGGAGCAGAGACGCCACCAGGCGCUCGGGGCGAGCAUCGAAGCACUGGUGCAUGAACGGCUCAAAGCCAACGAGAGGGACAAGUACAGCAUGUUCAUCGGAGACCUGGAGAAGAUCGUGAACCUGCUGCUGUCUCUGUGCAGCCGGAUGUCGAGGAUCGACAGAUGUCUGCUGGCUCUGGAGAGAGAGGAGCUGACGCAGGAGGACAAAGCCGAGGAGAGGGAGUCCCUCCUUCACAAGCGUUCUCUGCUCCUCAGUCAAACUGACGACGCUAGGGAGCUCAAGGAGAACUUGGACCGCCGGCAGCGGGUGGUCCACGCCAUCCUGUCUGGUUACCUCACUGAACUGCAGCUCCAGGACUACCGCCACUUUGUCAGCACCAAACCCUCCCUUCUCAUUCGCCAGCGGCACCUUGACAACCUCAUACGGCAGGGGGAGGAGCAGCUGACUCGACUGGCUGAGAGCCUGCCACAGGAGCUCGCAGAGGCUCAUGGUUGGUCCAAAACAAGUCCGUUCUCAUUAUCCAGUCCGGCCCUCUGCUCUGCUCUUCCUUUUCCACCGCUGCUUUCACCCUCUUUGAUUCCAGGCCCCUCCCACUCAAUCAGGUCCACCACUGUGACGUCUCUGUAAUAUCACUGACAGGCCACAGUUAUGAGUGGCAGCGAAGGAUGGGAAAUAAAGAAGAUAUAACGGACUCCCUGAAAACUCAAGUGAAGGAGCGCUACGUGAAGGAAGUGGGCCUGAUAAAGAAUCUGGUCACACUAAGACAGGAACUGUUCACACUGAAGCAGGAACAACUAUGCAGACUUUACACAUGAAGAAGAAACACCUUUAAUUUGCCUCAUUUUAUUCGCACUGACUGUACAAUUCUCCCCUGCGCCCCCCAACAUCAGAAGCCAGCACUGUGAAGACUAAACUGACUGUUGCCAACAUUGCUGCUAUCCUCUGCUCUGAAAGGUGAUUUCAAACCCCAUCAAGUUCAAAGUCAAAUAUCAUUCAGAACAAUUCCAGUGCAUUUUUUCCUUCAAUUUUUUGUCUUCAGUGUUGAACAAACCACCAUAACAGAUCAAAAUCUGGGGGCUUUUUUUUUCUUCUCUUUUUUUUCAAAAAGAGGCGUCUGUAAAACGGUCAUUUAAGCCUCACAGCCCCCACUAAAUGACUUCUUUUACUGUCAGAAUUUGGGCAAUUUGAUCCAAUAAAAUUUGGAGAGAAGAGUCGCCUGAUUACAUUUAUCCCCAUCCAUGUUCGCUCACCGCUAAACUGGAGGUUAGUCGGCUUGCUCGGUGGAAGUCUGGAGUGUGCAUAUGUUACCCCAGCUGGACAGCCACCAGCACAAUUAAAGUCUGAUUCUGUGGGAAACACUGUCCACAAACCCUUUUUUCUAAUGACAAGAGGUGAGCGGGCGUUUUGUCUCCCAAAGAAAAAAUAUUAUCAUCUUAUCAACUGAAUAUAAUUUUCUUACCUUGUUAAACCCUUCAGAGAUUUGCACAGGACCUGCUCAGCUUUCGCACAUGUACAGUCAGCCUAGGAAAGUAAUGAACAACCAAAAUCGGAGGGACUGUUUUUAUUUUACUGCUACAAACAGAGAUGAUCACAAAUAGUGCACCUGAAGGUUAACUGAUCACUGUCAUAUAAUACUGUUAAACUACUACUGUCACAAGUGUCUGAAUGUCUGGAGCUCCUAGCCAGUUUUGGCAGCUUGACUACUGUUUGCAGCAAAAUUUACACUGAAUAAUAAACAUUGUUCCAUUUACGCCUUUUAAAACUGAUGUGAUGAAACAUUUGAUGUCAAAAAAUGAAAAAAGAAUCCAAAUAUUUUCACAGAAUAAAAUGUUUGUGGAUUUGAUUUGGCCCAAAAUGUAUUAUUUUUCUUCUUCUUGUUGUUGAGUUGAAAAGCCUUUUUGCUAGUGCCACAAAAUCCCCCCUUGUUUAAUUUUCAUUAUUUAAUCUGUCAGUUAUUAAGUCCACAAAAUGUCAAGAAUAACAAUAAAUGCCAAACUUUUAAAUAUCUAAUUAUGUUUAAUUUAUAAUGAGAGGAAACACAGAAAGGAGGUUUUCAGUUGAUAAAUAAUGUAAAUAAUGAAUCAGCCGCUGUAAUUGUCAUCUAAGUAAUGAAACUGACGAGCUGUUGUGAUAUGUUAAACACGUCAAACACUAGAUGUUUGAUCAGGCUGCUAUGGUUGCAAACAGCUGCUGAAACCUCCCAUACAUGAAGGAUUACAGACACACUAUAAUUUGACUUCAGUGGUUCUCCUUGUGGAUAUCUGUAAAAUAAAACAAUGUUGUUUAGUUAAUUUUCUGAUUAAGUGAGAUCUCUGACAGCACUGAAACACUGAUAGAAAUUCAGCACUACUUCUAGUACUCUACAUAUCACACCUGUCAUUUUUUUUAAAAAAAAAAGCAAUAAUAUGUUGAGAUUCUUUAUGUAGUCACUGCCUAGAGCUUUAAUUCAGUAAAAGCAGCUCUGUCUGUCAUUGUCUCAAUUAUUGAUGUCUGUCAAGGAUGAAAUGAUGCACAUUUGAAUGUUGCUCAUUUUCUUUAGUUCUAGAGGAAUUGAAAUCUACACAAGAUGAAGCCUAAAACAUGUUUUAAAGUAGCACUACAGUUGUUAAAAUAUGAUGGAAGCUUUCUUUUCUGUAUUUGAGGUCUCAUGGCCAAUCAGAGAUAAUCCUGAUGACAUCACUAUGAUACAAUCAGGGUUAUUUACAGACUUUGGAAGGCUCCUCUAUAGACACUGUAGGCAUUAAUAACUCAUUUCACAGGCUGACUAGUUCUGCUCACAAGGAGUGAACUGAUCGACAUUUGUAAAACUGGUUGGAUGCCACUUAAAUCAUAUUUAAACUAUCCUCUUCAUGUUGUCAUUCUUGCUGAUUUUUGUGUGUGUGUGCAUAAAAAGAUAACAGUGAAGGUCCUGUAUGAUGCUCAGUUUCAAUUUCAUAUUUUAUUUUGGGUGUCAAAAAUGUUAACCCUAACCUUACAGAAGUGAGACAGCUCAGUUACUGUCACAGUUUCUGAAUACUUUUUAUGUGUAUUUCUAUGUUGAUUGAACAUUUUGUUACUUUCUACAAUAUAGGACCUUUAACUAAAGUUCUUGGUUGGCACAACCAUGAAGUAUGAUGAAAUCAGAAAUUGAGCAACUUUGUCUUCAGAUGAAGUGAAGUACAAGAAAAAAGUGUGCAGCACAUAUCAUUCAAGAAUUACAAUGAUGAAAGAGUCAUAAAUUAAAAACGAAUGUAAAUUG